AGCGUUCCCCGGAAGUCUCGCGAUGUUACCCCUCUGGGUUUUUAGAAACUUUGUGGUUAGAGGGUCCAACUCCGUUCUAUUCAUAAUAUUUCUAUGGUAGCAAUGUGUGGAAGUGGGUGGUGCCAGAACAUUGUUGAUUUUUGCAAAUUAAACUGUAGUUAAUGUAGCCAGUCAACACGAGUAAUUUUCCGUUGCAAUCAAAGAGCAAAAUAUAUAGGCAACAGUAUGGCCACACUGAAAAGUAAGUCUGACCAAGAAAUCAGGGAACUGUUGGACGAGUAUGGAAUUAAGCACGGGCCUAUCGUUGACACUACAAGACCCCUAUAUGAAAAGAAGCUAAAAGAGGCCAUGGCCAAAGACAAGAAAGUCACAAAACCAUCCUCAGACAAAACCUUCUACAGAGAAGAGCAGGAAGAAGUCACUUACGUUACCUAUCGGACACCAGUUAUAAGCGAAGGGCCUUCUGGAGAUGGAAAACCCUACAUGAGGUCAAGACCAGAGUACAGUGAGAUGGACUUUGUGGAUGAAAAACUCUAUUCGAGAUCAAGACCAGAGUACAGCAGUGGAAGGCAAUACGUUGAUGAGCCCCAUGUCUACAACACACCAUCAUACUCAUCCUACUCCAAACCAACGCCUGUGGUGAAGUCUGGAGGUGUCGUUGUAAAGGAGGAAAAAAAAGAGAGUUCUGGGAGACUGGUCCCUCUCUGGAUCCAGUUUCUGGUCUUCCUGAUCGUAGCCGGGUUCCUCUACUUCAUAUUUAUCAACAUGGAGUCCGUAGAGAGUAGCCCCUUUAACAGAAUCCAAUGAUCACAUUUUUACAAAAUAUGGGAUAAGUUCAUUAGACAGAACAUUUUAAAGAAAACAGUCCAAAAUGGAAGUAAAACAAAAAAAAAUAACUCGUCCAAUAAUAAAAUCACAAAUUUUCUGUUGGACGUUUUUAAAACGUUUUGCUACGGUGUGAAUGAAUACGUCCCAGUGUUCAUAUUUUGACAGAUGAAUUAUGGAAAUCCAAUGCCUGUCGUCAUUCUUUGUGCUUGUGGUUUAUAUAAAAAGGUGACUUGACAUUGGAUUCUGCCAAAGGAAAGCCAGAACAUUUCCUCCCGUCCAGACUUGUAUUUAGUUACUAGAUGAUGUAUAGUAUUCUGUUAUCAUACAACUAUGUUACCAAAAUAGGACGCUUCUACUAAGGGUAAUAGUACUGUGAGAAAGUGUCAUCACUAUCUUCAUCAUCUCCCAAAAAAUGUAGUGUCCACAGCUCAUAGUAAAUACAUCUACCACAUAUAUAUAUAGUAUCAAAUCAGAAAUACACUAUAUACACAAAGGUAUGUGGUCACCUCUUCAAAUUGUUGUAUUUGUUGCUGAUGGGUAUAAAAUUGAGCACACCGCCAUGCAAUCUCCAUAGACAAACAGUAGAAUGGCCACUUUCAACAUCAGUUCCUCAAAUUUUUGCCCUGUUAGUGCUGCCCCAGUUAACUAUAAGUGCUGUUAUUGUGAAGUGGAAACGUCUAGGAGCAACAGCGCCUCAGCCAGAAAGUGUUAGGCUACACAAGUUCACAGAACGGGACCUGAGUGCUGAAGCGCCUAGAGUGUAAAAAUCGUCUGUCCUCGGUUGCAACACUCACUAUUCGAGUUCCAAACUGCCUCUGGAAGCAACAUCAGCACAAGACAUGUUCGUCAGGAGCUUCAUGAAAUUGGUUUCCAUGGCCGAGCAGCCGCACACAAGUAUAAAGCUCACGGCCAUUGGACUGAAGCAGUGGAAAUCAGUUCUCUGAAGUGAUGAAUCACACUUCACCAUCUGGGUUUGGCGGGUGCCAGAUCGCUACCUGCCCCAAUGCAUAGUGCCAACUGUAAAGUUUGGUGGAUGAGGAAUAAUUGUCAGGGGCUGUUUUUCAUGGUUCUAGUCCCCUUAAUUCCAGUGAGGGGAAAUCUUAACGCUACAGCAUACAAUGAUAUUCUAGAUCAUUCUGUGUUUCCAACUUUGUGGCAACAGUUUGGGGAAGGCCCUUACCUGUUUCAACAUGACAAUGCCCCUGUGCACCAAGCGAGGUCCAUACAGAAAUGGUUUGUCGACAUCGGUGUGGAAGAACUUGACUGGCCUACACAGAGCCCUGACCUCAACCACAUCGAACACCUUUGGGAUAAGGCCGACUGCGAGCAAGGCCUAAUCGCCCAACCUCACUAAUCCUUGUGGCUGAAUGGAAGCAAGUCCCUGCAGUAAUGUUCCAACAUCUUGUGGAAAGCCUUCCCAGAAGAGUGGAGGCUGUUAUAGCAGCAAAGGGAGGACCAACUCCAUAUUAAUAUCCGUGAUAUUGGAAAGAGAUGUCCGACAAACAGGUGUCCACAUACUUUUGGUCAUGUAGUGUAUUAUGAUUUGGUAAUGGCUAUUUGUGUAAAUGUCCUGACACAAUGUGCUAUCUAGUUGUAUAGUCUGGCUUAGUCAGCCAUACGCAGUAUCCUCAUAUUCUCUCUGCAUCCUGGGGGGGUUAUACUACACAUCAGCAACAAUGACUCUUGGCUAACUAUUGUGAAAAACUGUAUUUAUUUGGAAGAUAAGCUUGAAAUGGGCAUGGUCUAAUUGAAUCAAAAACACAAGUUAAGCUUUCUUCAUGAACAUGAAAAUCAAUUGUUAUUUUUGGUUGUUUUAAAUGACAUUAAAGUUCUAAAUUCCGAGUUUCUAAAUGGCAUUAAAGUUCUAAAUUCCAAGGUUCUAAAUGGCAUUAAAGUUGAAAAUGAAGUGCCUUAGCAUUUUGACCUGUUAAUGGUUCCAUUCGGACUAUUAUACAAAUGCAAUUGCUGUGACAGGUGUAUUGUCAUUCAAAUGUUCAGUGUGGGAGGUGGUUCUGUUAAUUGUCUUAUGGUGACGUCACGAGUACAUGUUUCUACACCUGCAGUAUCAUUUGUAAUACUCACUUUGAUGUUACCAUACACUUGUCUGUUUUUUAUCAGAGAUCACUUUGGUCACACAAGAAUGUUUAUUGAGCACAGGCCGUGUCCCAUACGGCACCCUAUUCCCUAUGUAGUGCACUACUUUUGUAGUGGGAAUAAAUAGGAUGCAGUCUACAAGUAAAUACUUUUCAGCGAGACAGUAACUGUUCACAUAUUUUCUAUCCAGCCAUUUUGAGUCAUUCCUAUGAAUCUCCCAACUUUAAAAUAAAUGUUUCUGUAUCAAACAGAA